UAUAGGUUAUGUUAUGGUUGUUUUUGUCGAUAUGACUACUGUUGUUUUUUAGUGAUUAAAUCGGACUUCCUUAUUCCCUUAUUGGCAGAAAGAAAAAAUGCAACCAGAAAACAUUAAAGAAAUAUUUUGCAGACUGUGUGGUAAUAUCAUAAGCGAAACACAUUGUGAAGUUAUAGGAGAAGUCUUAAGGGAGGUUUUGGAGUUUGUUUUGCCCAAUGUGAACUUGGAAGAGCGAGAUAAACAUGUAAUAUGUAAAACGUGCUCUGUAAAAUUAUCUGCUGCUUUUAAUUUUAAGAUGAGAUGUAAGGAUACUGAAGAUAUUAUUUCUUCAUUUGUUAAUUCCAGUAAAGCAUCAGUGGUUGACUUAAAAAUGGUUUAUCUAAAGGGAAAAGGCAAUAUUCAGUUAGCUGAUGUAUCGGAAAAUCAUAAAAUUUGUCGAUUAUGUAUUCAGUUGUUAACGGAUGGAUUUGUGUCACUAAAUGAAGUGGAUGUUGACAUAAUUGAUGAGUUUAUACCACACCUUAACCUCGCUGUUUCCAAUGAUCCUGUUAUAUGCGGACCAUGUUUUGAUUCGCUUCAUACUCACCGGUGUUUUUUAAAGAACUGCCUUGAUGCACAGGAAAAAUAUAAAAGUGUCGAUCGGCAGUCUCAUAUUAUAUCUGAAGAGAUUGCUAUAAAACUGGAAGGAGCUGGUCAAGAUGUGCAGGAGAUUCAUGAAAGUAUUUGUGAGCAGUCUUAUAUUAAAUCUGAAGAGAUUGCUAUAAAACUGGAAGAUGGUCAGGAUACGCGGGAGAAAUAUAAAUGGGUUGAACCGCAGUCUUGUAUUAAAUCUGAAGAUAUUGAAAUAAAGGUAGAAGAUGAGGAGGGUUUUGAUAAUGGGAAAACGGUCCAGAAAAUGUUCAUCUUCAGAAUCGGAAGAAGAAUUAUCUAAAAGGGAACUAUAC